CAUCUGCUGCUCAGUGUAGCAGGGCUGGCGGGGCUGAAACAUUCACUCGAUAUCUCUUAUAUCUGCUCUGUUUCACAUGUGACAUCGCUGACGGAUCGAACAGGGAUUUGUCACCAACUUGAUUUUAUCCCGUCGAGUUCAACCCUAUGAAAUACUCUGAACGCGUCGCCAUUUGGUUACUCGCGUUAUCCGUACAUAUUAUUCAGGCAUGUGCGUAUUGCGCUAGGCUGGAGAUGAUAUCCGUGUGGCUGCUCUUUUUAAAGCUGCUGAGAGCUACAGCUGGUGUGAGAAGGUCAAAUGGAAGUGAACUAAACGAAGGCAAACCCUCUGUAAAUCAGCAACAACAAGAGCAGGAACACGUCUCUGAGGCAGUCACCAUGGAGACCAGCCAGCUUUCAGAAAUGGCUGAUAUAACCGACUGUAAAAUGGAUUCUGGGUAUGCAGAGGACCAGAAAUGCCAGUUUAGUGAGGAGGAGGAAAAGGAGGAGGAGGAGAAAGAAUGUUUUGCCACAGAGUGCCUGGAACCCACGAAGCUCCACUCAGAAGAAGAUAUGGAUGAAAGCAAAGGCAUAACCAAUGAAUGUGAGGGCUCAGGUGAAUCUGAUGGGAGCACAGUCUCUCAAGAAAGCAUUUUGGUCAAGGUCAGUGAACAAGAGCAGUCAAACUUCACCGAAUCUUUGAACUCUGAGUCUUACGAUAACUCUGAACCAGAAAAAGAACAGGAACUCAACAUAAGUAAUGAUUCCCAGGAGAAAAAACACAGUGAAGCAGAAGAAAAGGUGGAUGCACUAGAAAAAUCUGUGUUGGAAGAGCAGAUCAAUGAGCUAACAAUUUCUGAAGUCCUUAGUGAAUCUUGUCAAGAUGUUGACCGAGAUGAUCUCAGUGAUUGUCUGCAUGUGGAAAUGGCUAUUAUUUCAUCAGACAGUGAUGUGGAGGAGCAAUGGAGACCCACAGUUGAUAAAGAACAGAUUAAAGAAAAUGGAGAACUUGAACCAAAUGUAAAUUCUGAAGACCAAGCAAUGCAGAAAGACAAGGCAGUGACUGAGAGCAAUGCUGAACCUGAAGAUGGCGACACAAACAUGAACAUUAGUAAAAGUGAUAUUCUGGAAGAACGACCCGAGUAUCCCACAGAAUGUGAGAAUGUGACUGAGAGCAAUGCUGAACCUGAAGAUGGAGACACUGACAUGAAAAUUAGCGAAAGUGAUAUUCUGGAACAACCCGGGUAUUCCACAGAAUUUGAGAAUGUGACUGAGAGCAAUACUAAACUUGAAGAUGGAGACACAGACAUGAACAUUAGUAAAAGAGAUAUUCGGGAACAACGCAAGUAUCCCACAGAAUGUGAGAAUGUGACUGAAAGCAAUGCUGAACCUGAAGAUGGAAACACUGACGUGAAAAUUUGUGAAAGUGAUAUUCUGGAACAACCCGAGUAUCCCACAGAAUGUGAGAAUGUGACUGAGAGCAAUGCUGAACCUGAAGAUGGAGACACAGAUAUGAACAUUGCUGAAAGUGAUAUUCUGGAACAAUCCGAAAAUCCCACAGAAUGUGAGAAUGUGACUGAGAGCAAUGCUGAACCUGAAGACACCGACAUGAAAAUUAGUGAAAGUGAUAUUCUUGAACAACCAGAGUAUCCCACAGAAUGUGAGAAUGUAACUGAGAGAAAUACUCAACCUGAAGAUGUAGACAUCGACGUGAAGAUUAGUGAAAGUGAUAUUCUGGAACAACCCAGGUAUCCCAUAGAAUGUCAGAAUGUGACUGAAAGCAAUGCUGAACUUGAAGAUGGAGACACCGACAUGAAAAUUAGUGAAAGUGAUAUUCUUGAACAACCCGUGUAUCCCACAGAAUGUGAGAAUGUGACUGAGAGCAAUACUGAACCUGAAGACACAGACGUGAACAUUAGUGAAGGUGAUAUUCUGGAACAACCUGAGUAUCCCACAGAAUGUGAGCUGCAAGAUAUUUCUUUGGAUUCCUCUGCCCAUUACUGUAGUUUAACAGAGAUACCAGAGGACGAAGGAGAGCUUGUGAAAAGCUCAAUGCACAACCUUCAGCGCUUGUCCUGUUCAACAUCAGAGCUUGACAAAAAGUUGCCACAGGACUUCUGUGUGGUUCAGGAAAUAAAAAGCGAGAAUGUCAGCACAGAGCAUUUGGAUUUCAGGGUGGCUCGUCAGCAAUGGCAGAAGAUGGAAGAGCAAACCAAGGGUCAGGUGCACCGGCCAAUGUUGAGACAUGGGCCUUGCCAGGGUGGUCACAGCUUCAUGUACACACCUGUGCGCAAUAUCGAUCGCCUGAGAAAAGACCCUGACACAGAGAGUCUUAGUUUGGGAGAUUGCCCGCACACUCAAUUUAGCCCCUGUUCGGAGGACUCCGGUUUAGAUGUUACCAGCUACAGGUCUCCUUAUGAUGAACCGGAGACUCCGGUGGAGAGGGAGAUUCGCGAAGCUCUGGAGAGAGAGGAGAAUUUCAGACAUGAGAGAGCAAAGGUAAAAGCCUCUGCUGGGGAGGCUACACAAGUUAAACCCAAGCCUUGUGCUAUUCCUCACAGCAGAUCAGAGCCGGGAGAAAGGGGAAGGAUGUUCAACACGCCAGAAGACAGAUGCAGGUCUCAGAGAUCUUCUAGUGCCAAAACUCCAACGUUCUCCAUCCCUGCUUCAUCUGCUCCCACAUACCAUGAAAUGACAGCCAAUAAUGUCAUUAUACUCGAGCCGGAUUCCUACCCCACAAGCCCAAGGAACAGAGGGAAAGGUAGUCUGCUCUCUCCAGGGACAAGCAGUUUCCAAGAAUGGCCAGCAGACACGAACAACGUCAUUAUCCUAGAGACAUCUAAUCUCAUCAUCCGAAGCGCCUCCGAAUUUUGCCUGAGCACUGCGUGCCAGGAGACACAAGAGAGCACAUUUCACAACAAUCCCUUCUUUAAACUCCGCUCUCAUAGCACCCUGUCUCUGGUGGACCAGGAGAUCAAGAUAGUUAGGCAGAGAGAAGAGGAGCUCAGGAGGCAGAGAGCACAACUAUAUGCAAAGGAAAGAUAUGACACGGUCCUUGUUUCCCCCAGCCAACUGCAGAAUUUCUCUUAUGAUAGACCAGGUGAGGCACCAACGAAAUCUAAGUCAUCCCCAUCAUCCCCCUCAAAGACACGCAGAAUGGACCGCUCCACUUUGUCCUGUGACAACAAGCUCCCUUUCCCUCGAGUCAGACGGAAAAGCGCCCUGGUCCAGAGGUGGGAGGCGGGCAUCUUUGCCAAUCAUCAGCAAGAAGACUGAAUGAUUCGACUAAACGAAGCACAUAAGCAAGUAUUCUGUCUCUGUUACUG